CAAAACUAAAAGCUAAAAACAUAUCAUGGACUCAAAAACAGUUAGAAGCUAUAUUCAUGUGGCUCUUGUAAUAUCUUUCCUAACAGCAAAUAUUGUUUUAUCUGAUGACAAUGUGCCAAUUCCUUCUGACAAGGCUCAAUUGAAUACAUGGUUUAAUAACAAUGUGAAGCCACUUUCUCAAAGAAAGAAUACAUUGGACCCUGCAUUGGUUACUGCAGAGGAAGGUGCUAAGGUUGUUAAGGUCAUGAAAGAUGGUAGUGGAGAUUUCAAAACCAUCACUGAUGCAAUUAAAAGUAUCCCUGAAGGGAACACUAAACGUGUGAUUGUGUAUAUUGGAGGUGGAAAUUUUAAUGAAAAAAUUACUAUUGGGAGAACAAAACCUUUUGUUACCUUAUAUGGGGCAUUAGGGGGGAACAUGCCAAACUUGACUUAUGGUGGCACUGCACAACAAUAUGGAACUGUUGAUAGUGCUACAUUGAUUGUUGAAGGUGAUUAUUUCGUCGCGGCUAACAUCAUGAUCUCGAAUACAGCACCAAGACCUGAUGGAAAAAGACAAGGAGCUCAAGCAGUGGCAUUGAGAAUUUCUGGUGACAAAGCAUCAUUUUAUAAUUGCAAGUUAUUGGGAUUUCAGGAUACAGUAUGUGAUGAUAGGAAUAGGCAUUUGUUCAAAAAUUGCUUAAUUCAAGGCACUGUGGAUUUUAUUUUUGGAAGUGGGAAAUCACUCUAUUUGAACACUGAGUUGAGAGUGCUUGGAGACACUGGAAUGACAGUUAUAGUGGCACAAGCAAGAAAAAGUGAUUCAGAAGACAAUGGUUAUUCAUUUGUGCAUUGUGACAUUACAGGAACAGGGAAUGGGACAUUCUUGGGUAGAGCUUGGAUGUCUCAUUCUAAAGCUGUAUUUGCUUACACCCAUAUGACCAGUGUUGUGAAUCAGGAAGGGUGGAGUGACAACAGGCACAGUCAAUAUGCUAGCACUGUAUAUUUUGGAGAGUACCGCAACACAGGACCUGGUGCAGAUCUAAAAGGUCGUUCCAAAAUCACAAAGCAACUAAGUGAUGCAGAAGUCAAGCCUUACAUAACACUUGCCAUGAUCGAAGGCUCCAAAUGGCUACUUCCUCCUCCAAAUCUCAAAGUGUAGUUAAUUAAUUAAUUAUUUAGUUUUUUAAUUAAUUAUUUUAUUAGUUAAUUAGCACAUUGGUUUUGGAUCAAUAUGUGCCUAAAGAUUACUUGUCAUGCAACCCGCAGUUUAGUGGAUGGUAAGGAAAUGUAAGUCUCUUGUUUUAGUUUCAAUAUUGCACAGAGGUCAUUGUAAGUUUAAGAAUAAUUAUUUAAUAGUAAAUGUCAACAAGUGUUUUAAGAGCACAUUUAAUUGAUUGACUUUGUUAUAUAAU